GUUCAGUUUAUCGUAUGAUUUUCUUUCUUUAUCGCUGAUUCUUUCUAAUGGGCAAUUGCUUUGGCUCAUCUGCAAAAGUGGUCAGAAGAGAAAGUCCUUAUCGUGGAUCCUCAAGAAUCUAUGCCAAACCGAGUCAAUCGUCUCGCCUCGCAAGCAUAAUCAUACCACCAUCAUCUUACAACGAUGACAAGAGUUCCACCUCUCUUUCCACACCGAGAAGUGAAGGAAUGCUGUUAGCAUCUCCCACGUUAAAGGCCUUUACGUUCGAAGAUCUAAAGAUAGCCACUAGGAACUUCAGACCCGAUAGUGUUAUCGGUGAAGGUGGUUUUGGUUAUGUCUACAAAGGAUGGAUUAACGAGCGGACGUUAACGCCUUCAAAACCAGGAUCAGGCAUCGUUGUUGCUGUCAAAAAGCUUAAAGACGAUACGCCUCAAGGCCACAAGGAGUGGUUGGCGGAGGUUGACUAUCUGGGGAGGCUUCACCAUAUGAAUCUUGUGAAAUUAAUUGGAUAUUGCUUGAAGGGUGAUUACAUAAGGCUUUUGGUAUACGAGUACAUGCCCAAGGGAAGCUUAGAAAGUCAUCUCUUUAGACGUGGGGCAGAUCCGAUUCCGUGGAGAACAAGGAUGAAAGUGGCAAUUAGUGCGGCGAGAGGGCUUGCUUUCCUUCACGACGCAGAAGUCAUAUAUCGAGACUUCAAGGCCUCCAACAUCUUACUAGAUUCGGAUUUCAAUGCAAAGCUUUCUGAUUUUGGUUUGGCGAGAGAAGGACCAAAAGGAGACAGAACACACGUAUCAACACAAGUGAUGGGAACUCAUGGGUAUGCAGCACCUGAAUACGUAGCCACAGGUCGAAUAACUGCGAAGAGCGACGUCUACAGCUUCGGCGUGGUCUUGCUCGAGUUACUUUCGGGACGCCCAACUCUAGACCAAACAAAAGUCGGAGUGGAAAGAAAUCUGGUGGAUUGGGCGAUACCUUACUUAAGGGAUAGAAGGAAAGUGUUUAGGAUAAUGGACACAAAACUUGAAGGACAGUAUCCUCACAAAGAGGCUUGUUUGGCUGCUAAUAUAGCGUUGCAAUGUCUCAAUCAUGAGGCUAAGUUGAGGCCAAAUAUGUCUGAUGUAUUAUCUACACUUGAAGAGUUUCAGAUGACGAGCUCUACUUCAAAGACGGUCAUGAAACUGACAUCUUCUUCCUCUCUGCUGGCGGAGAAACGGAGAGUUAAAGCUCCGGGUGCUUCUCCGGUGGAGACUCGUCGGAGAGGUCCACGUGACAGGUGAAGCAGCAGCCGAAUAUAGUUUAGGUCUUUAUAAUGAGUGCAUGUAUUUUUGUUUUCGGAAAGGGUGUGUCUUUAACAUC